GAUGACUUCUCAAAAUCAACGAGUUGAGCAAGCCUGGGAAGAUUGCAACCAUGUCAAGCCAGACAGACCUCUCAAACAUGCAAUCGUACCCACUCGCUGAUAUCCAUGAACCAACAGCCUCUCCCCCAUUAGCGAGAAUGACAUGAGCUUGUCAGAUGGAGCAUAAAGCCGAUUGGACUUCCCGGUCCCAAUCGACGGCGGGCCGGUCCUCUAUCUGACCGGAAACCGGAAGAGGGGCAGUUUCCCCACUAACUCUAAGUGGUCCUCAUAGCGAAGAGUAGAAUUAAUAUAUCUUGGAGCACCUUCAACUCUAAUGUGAUAUCUUUGCUUCUAACCGGAAUUCCCCACAGGCUCGACAACACAUCAAACUCACCUACCAGUACCACAUCUAUCUCACAAUGACCCCAACAGUCUUCUGGAUUGGCCUAGGAAACAUGGGCCGAGGCAUGGCCAAAAACCUCGUUCUCAAAGGCCCCCUAGACAACCAACCCCUCCUAGUCCACAACCGCACCAAACAACGCUCCCUCGACCUCGCCUCCCAACUCCCCCCUGGCAAAGUCACCAUCCUCGACUCCAUCUCCUCCGGCGUCCGCCAAGCAGACAUCAUCUUCCUCAUCCUCUCCAAAGACUCGGUUGUCGAAUCCGCCAUCUCCGAAAUCCUAACCCACGACCUCACCGGCAAGCUCAUAAUCGACUGCUCAACAAUCCACCCCACCACCGCAACCCGCAUCGCCAAUUCCAUCACCUCCUGCGGCGCCCAGUUCCUCGCCGCCCCCGUCUUUGGCGCCCCAGCCAUGGCCGACGCGGGACAGCUCAUCGGCGUUCUUGCCGGCCCUUCCGCCUCAGUUGACCGUGCCCGCCCUUACUUCAAGGGCGUGAUAGCCAGAGCAGAAAUCGACAUGUCUGACGAGCCGUACGGGAAAGCCCUUACUCUAAAACUGAUCGGGAAUACUUUUGUCUUCAACAUGGUGGAGCAACUUGCCGAGGGGCAUGUUCUUGCUGAAAAGUCUGGUUUGGGGACCAAGUAUCUGCAUCAGUGGGUGGAACAAAUGUUUCCGGGGCCGUAUGCGGCGUAUUCGACGAGGAUGCUGAGCGGGGAUUACCAUACGAGGGAGGAACCGCUUUUUGCGGUUGAUUUGGCUAGGAAGGACGCGGGGCACGCGUUGAAGCUGGCGGAGGAGGCGGGGGUGAGGAUGAGGAAUUUGGAGGUGGCGGAUGAGCAUUUAAAGGAGGUGAAGGAGUAUGCUGGGGAGAAGGGGGAUAUUGCGGGGAUUUUUGGGGCUGUGAGGAGGGAGGGGGGGUUGGGGUAUGAGAAUUCGUGAUGGGCUAUGUGGGAUUUAAGGGCCACGGUAGUAUUUCACUGUUGGCAGGACGGUGAUGAAGUCUGCGUAGAGUGGAGAGAUGCUAUAUCUUAGAAUAGGGGAGUGCCUAUGGAGAAAGUUGCUCUAAUGCUGUCAAGAUGCUCAAAAAGUGUAAAGAAUGAACUUGGUUAUAUCAAGAACUGGUCCCAAAUUGUUACUUUGC